AUGAAUAUCAAUAGCUCCAUUGAUGAAAUACCCUAUGAUAACCUAUGGACAAGUGAUGAUGAGGCGGUAGAUCAAUCAAAUAAUAAGUUUGACCAUCGAUUCAAGACAAGAUUGAAUUCUCUUUUAAAAGAUUCAAAUACCAAUAAUCUAAUAUCACAGGAACUCAUUAGCGACAACAAUAGCACCAUAGAUGGUGCCAAUUAUGAUGAGGAUAAUAAUAACAACCGCAUGGUUCGUUGGAUAACCUUGGACAAAAUAUCCCACAUCAUUUUCAGCCCUAACUUCGCGAUGAAAUAUGGAGCAAUCACAAUUUUCAAUUUGUUAACUGAUUUCAUGGUGUUUGGUACAAAUCGUGGGUUGACGGUGAUUUUUGAUUACAACCAAAACAUUAAAGGGUUUUUGGGAGUCAAUAACAAGCAAGUGCUCAGCAGCGGGGCAGUAACUAGUUUGGCGAUCUCCUUAGAUUCAACGUAUAUUGCCACUGGUCACAAAUACGGUAAUAUCUUUAUAUGGGAUUUGAAAGGAUUAACCCCUGAGUAUUCCGGGGAGCCAAUUCUAUCGAUCAACCCCGUAACCAUCAAUGAUAAAGUGAAUGGGAGAGAAGGACAUCUAGUAAAUAAGCCUAUAAAUCAUUUAUUCUUCUUAAAUAAGCGUCAUACUGCAAUAGUUAGUACUGACAUUGAUGGAUUGGUGCUAUUUCAUGAUGGGUUUAGAAGUAUAUUUGGAUAUAAUUACAAGACCAGGAAAAUCCUAGGGAGCUCAGACUUGGAUUUUACAUUUGGCCAAGAGAAAAGUAAUAAUAAUAAUAAUAAUAAUAAUAAUAAUAAUAAUAAUAAUAAUAAUAAUAAUAACGACAUCAACACGAAAAAUAAGGGUAGCAAGAGACUCAGCUACUUGGAUAAGAAAACUAAAUGCUACGUAUUUGGAUGCUCUCCAUUACCAUUGUGCCAACUUCAUGAAAAGUUAGACUUGCUAAACUUGAUUGCGGUAAUCACCUCCAAUGCUUUAUUGGUGAUUUCUAUUAAUCCUCAGUUGACAACCCAUAUCAAAAUUGGGAAGCCAGUGAUUCUUAAAAACCAAGAAAAUUUAAAUUUAACCUCAUGCUUGGGCUGGUAUCCCGAGCUUGUGUAUAACAAUAGAAAAGUGGGGGCCAGAUUGGCAUACUGUUUCUCCAAUAUUUUAACGGUUCUAGAGCUUGAAGCAGUCGAGAAUCAAGAUUUGGAUAGCAAAAACUCUAAUGAUAAAGAUGAUAAUAAAAAUUUAGACUCACUAAGGGUGGAAAUUCAAGACAAGAAAAGAUGGGUGUGUGAUGAACCAAUCGUUUCUGUCUUGUGGCUUACCGGGAAAAUUAUUCUUGUGAUGACGGUGUCGUCAAGAAUUUUGGCCAUUGAUACUGGAUUAAUGAGAUUCAAAUUGAAUGAUAAGCAAGAUCUUAGACUUUUUGGCUCUGUUGAUGCUAUCUCUAACCAUAUUAUUUAUAAUAACUACAUUAAGAAUUUCAUCCCUGUUGAUAAUUACGCUAAUGAAGUUUCUAUUAGUAGCCAAAUUGGAUUAUUCAAUACAUUUGAUGAUACAUUUAGAACAUUCAAGAACAAUAUAUUUAUCUUAACCAAGAAUAAUAAGAUCGCAAUGGGAUCAAUGAGCAACUGGGAAAGUUUUUUGGUGGCGGCGAUCAAUGAGAAAACUUUAAAGUCCAUAAAGGUUGCAUUAAUGGAAUGCUUAAAUUUUUAUACUGGGGAUUGUGAUUUAAUUAGAUAUCGAUUGAUGGGAAAGGAUGAAGUUAGACACAGAUUGAUCAGCAAGCAUCUACAAAGAUUGAUUUUCUUGAAUUUCAACGAAUGGUUUAGUCAAAAUCAAAAUAUUUCUAACCAAGAAGAAAAUCAUGAAGUGAAUGACGACAAAGUUGAUGAUGAAAGUGCUCAUGAAUUGCAAGAAUUGCUCACGCUAGCAUUUACCGGGCUUAUUUCCAUGAAUUGCUCUUCAGAAAUUUAUGAGCAAUUGUUUGAAUACUUUGAAGCUUCUGAUAGUUUGAAAUCAAUAUAUUUCCAAGCUUUAGAAACAUUUAUUUUCACCAAGCAGGUCCGGAACUUGUCGCCAAAAAUUUUGAAAGAGUUGGUGAUAUCCUUCGCCUCCAAAAUUGAUGAAACACAGUCCGCUAAAUUCCACCAGUUAGAAGAAAUGAUCUGCUUACUAAAUGUCAAAGAAAUGGACCUUGAUUUGAUUAUUUCGCUUUGUGAGAAGUAUAAGCUUAUUGAUGCCAAAAUAUUUAUAUGGAAUUCAUUACUCAAAGAUUAUAUUGGGCCAUUUAUGGAUUUCUUGACUACUAUUAGGAAAAUUACUUACAAUUCAGAUCAUUAUGUUGAAUCAUUACUAGUAUUAAAAUAUCAACUGAUGAAGGUAUAUUCGUACUUGACUUAUAUUUUGACCAAUAGACAGUAUCCUUUGGAUAUAAUUACUGAAGCAGAAGAUCCAGAGAGUAUGCGAAAUAUAAAAAUGAAUUUGUAUUAUAUACUCUUCAAUGGGUCUUCUAUUGAAUGGCCAAUAAACUCAGGGGAAAUUUUUUUUGUUACAGAUAAUCCCAUCAAUGAGCCCUCAUUUCCUUAUCUUUAUUUAUUAUUGAAAUUUAAUACGGAAAAAACAUUGUUGAUGUUAAACGAAGUAAUGGAAGACGAGUUUCUCAAUGAAGAUGGGAUGGUUAACGAUGAUGCUGGACUGGUAAAGUAUCAAUUUCCAAGGACUUUUAAAAUUAAUCGUCAAUAUAUUAUUGAAGUGUUAAUCAGCAUGGUUCAAGAACAUGAGACGUUGUUUGAUUUGAAGAAACGGAUUUAUUUAAGCAUAUUUGUCCUUAGGAACUAUCCGAAAUAUCCGCAAUUUAUUACAAUCAAUGAUUCAUCAUUGGACCAUUUAAUUGAGAAUAUUUGUGAUUUGCAUCAGCUUGAUGAGGAUAAAGACUAUGGGUCAUUGAAGAAGGAUUGUGAGUUUAGUUUGCAAACUUUGUUAAGCAUUUAUCAUCCGACUAAUUUAAACGAUGAGUUGAUGUUCUAUUUUGAAAAAAAUGAGUUUGAAAAUUUGUUGUUCAGUUUGUACAAGUCUGAGAAAAAGGCUGGUAAAUUGUUUGAGUUGUGGCUAAAUAAUCAUGAUGAUGAUGAUUUUCAUGGGGGAGACUACUCUAAUUACGAGAUUUUACAGUUAUGUUUCCAAUUAGUGGAGCAAGAAAAUACCAUUAUGGAGAAUGAAAAUUUAGAGAGUCUCGUUAAACAAAACUUUAAAAAAUUGAUAAAUACCUCGGAUAAAGGUGAUUUAUCAGAAUUGAUCAAGACCUUCAAUGGCCAUAACUAUGAACUCAAUAGACAAAUAUAUCACAUUACUGAUCUCAGAACUCAAUUUGAAUAUUUGGGAGCCUUAUUUGAAAUUGUGUUUGAUGAUAAGCAAGAGAUUACGAGAAAUAAAAUCGUCGAAGAUGAUGACAUAUUACAUUAUGUGGGAUUGCUUUGCCAAUUUAAUUCGGGACAGAUUGUGAGGUUCUUGAAAAACAUCAAUAUGGGAUUUUUCAACGAUACCAUCAAUCGGAGGUUGUUGAAUACUUUGAGAGAUUGUAAUGCUAUAGAUGGCAUUGUCUUUUUACUACAUGAUGUUAGUAAACAGUAUACUGUUUGUUUGGAUGAGGUAUUGUUGUAUUUAGAGAGCCUUGUUCAAGAAAGUUUAACUGAUGAUGAAGACAUUGGGAAGCUUGAAAAGAACUUAUGGAAAUACUUGACGGUUGCAGUUGAUGAUUGUAAAAUCAUUUCUGAUGGAAGUGUUGUCUCCGGAGAAGCUUCCUGGAUUAAGCUUAAUGAUUGUUUGAAUAGGUUUAUCAAGUUGGCUGAAAAACAGCUUGAUUCUUUGGAUGAUGAUGAUGGUGGAGAAAAGAAAUCUAGAAUCCAAUCAUUAGUUGAUUUAUUGAGGAGAUUAUUACAAGAAGUAUUUGUGAGCUUGAUGAAUACCAAUUUUGAAGAACCUGUUUGUAAAACUGAUCCAUCACUAGAGUCCAAAAGCAACACGAUUUUCCUUCGUAUUUUCAACAAGUUUUUGGAAACUAGCAAAGGUGGUAAUUCUGAUAUAACCACGAUUGGGGAUAUUAAAGGAAUUAUCGAUGAGAUAUUCUUUUUGAAUGUUUAUCAAGAAAAAUCUCUCCGGAUUGUGCUUGAUUUAUAUAAUACUGAAGUACGAAAGAAUCUUGAGGCGAUUCAGCUUGAAAAUGGCAAAGGGAUUUCUCCAAAUAGCAUUGAGUGCUGUGGAUGUGGUAAAAGAAUCUGGGGACGAAUGAUCAGCAGCAAAAUCAUUCAAAAUUGGGAGGGGUUCCACAGAAAAAGGACGCAAUAUCUUUUGGAUAAUGAUAAGAAAAUCAAUAGUAGUGACUAUGUGGAAGGUCUUCAAUUCAAUGAAGAAGUGUGGAAAGAAUUGAAAGUGGUGAUUUUCAAGUGUGGGCACAGUUAUCAUUAUCAGUGUGUCCAACGUUUAGGGGUGAGUGAGGAUGACAUGAAGUGUAUUAUUUGUCAUGGAGGCAAAGAAGAUGAACGAGGAUGA